AUCAGCCACUUGAUAUGGGUGUCCAGGCAGACUGCUUUCCCACAUCCUACCAAAAGCCAUCAUGGUGGGGUUUUGCCCUCGCCACUCCGAGAUCAUGCAGAAGCUACUUGAUUCGGGCGCUGAUAUCAAUCUCUGUCCUGACAAACUUGAUCUGGCGUGCGACGUUCCUCUUUUGGCAGCUAUUUUGGGCGAUCAUCAGUCCAUCAUCACCACGCUGCUUGAAGCUGGGGCUGAUGUGGACCUCAGUGCAAAGCGUUACGGUACCCAUCUCCAACCAGUUUCCUUGUGCGGAUAUGAAAGCACCGUUUGAUUACUACUCUGCGCAGGCGCCAGAAUCGACAAGUGAGGCAGCUCACUAAGAGCUCUCGCGCUUGCCGCCAGCAACGGUCACAUUGACGUCGUAAAGGCACUGCUGCACGCAGGUGCCGACAUUGAAGGCGUUACAGAAGAGAGGCAUGAAACUCCGCGUGUGUGGAAAUACUUGCUGGGAAAAAUGCAAUUGUUCAGCUGCUCGUUGCUCGAGGUGCUGAUACAAGAGGCCGCAGCUUGUACGAAGUAUAGGAAGAUGCCUCCAAAGAGCGUGAGAAGAACUCGCUGUCAAUACGGGACUUGGCGAAGACCUUGAUCAAUAAGUCUAAUCCCCAGAUGUUUGU